UAGGAAAUUGCUUGGCAGGUAGGAAGAAAAGCAUGAGGACUAAUGUAACAAGAGAGAGUCCACAUUCACAUUGAAGGUGGUAGGAAACUGCUGCUUCCUUCACAGGAAGAAAAGCAUGCAUAAGGAUAUAUACAACAAGAGAGAGUCCACACUCCAUACCAUACUGCAGAUUCCAAUUCUUUGAGAGGCUCUUUUCUUUAGUUUAUUUGUCUUUAAUUCUCUUAUGGCCAUUCAACUUGCCUCUUCUUCUUCCUUGCCUCCUUCAUGGACAUAUGAUGUAUUUUUGAGUUUUAGAGGUGAGGAUACACGCUUUACUUUUACAAAUCAUUUAUAUGAGACCUUGAACCGUAACGGAAUCGACAUCUUCAUUGAUCGCCAUCUUAAAAGAGGAGAAGAAAUAUCACCGACUUUUCUAAAAGCAAUUGAAGAGUCGAGAAUUUCAAUCAUUGUAAUAUCUGAAAACUAUGCAUCAUCAAGAUGGCGCUUGGAUGAGCUCGUACAUAUCCUUGAAUGUAGAAGGUCAAGGCAGCAAAUAGUUUGGCCAGUUUUCUACAAGGUGGAUCCGUCCCAUGUACGAAAUCAAACGAGUAGGUUCGGUGACGCAUUUACAAGACUCGAGCACAAAUACAAGGACGAGGAGAAGAUCCUCUUAUGGAGGAGUGCUCUAAAAGAAGUAUCAAAUUUGUCAGGACAUACUGUCAAAGAGGAAGAGUUCAUAUGGCUAAGGAAGCAAAAAGAUGCAUUUUGGAGCAUUUUGGAGCAAAAUUAUCAUGUAGAAGAGGUGGAAGAGAUUUUAGAUGUCGGUGAAAAUGGUCGUUGUGUGGUUGGGAUUUGGGGGGCACCUGGAAUUGGCAAGACAACAAUUGCAAAAGCUGUUUAUAAUGCAAUUGCUCAUAAGUUUGAAGGUAGUUGUUUCCUGGCAGAUGUGAGAGAAACAUUGACAUCACAUGAAGGUGUAAUCAAACUACAAAAGACUCUUCUAUCAAAAGUUCUACCUGGUACGAGGGUGAAAAUUGACAAUGUUCAUCACGGAAUCAACCUUAUAGAGAAACUUUUGAGGCAAAAGAAGAUUCUCUUAAUUCUUGAUGAUGUGGAUGAAUUGGAGCAGUUAAACAACUUGGUUGAAGUCAAUUGGUUCGGUGAGGGCAGCAGAGUGAUCAUAACCACAAAAGAUAGAGGAUUGCUAGAAUGUUAUGGGGUCGAGUUGAUCUACGAGGUCCAAAAGUUAGAAGACGACAAGGCUCUUGAGCUUCUAUGUUUGAAUGCCUUUGGAAGAAAAGAACCUUCAGAUGAUUAUUUAAGCCUUGCACAACGUGCAAUAGCCUAUGCUCAAGGACUUCCGUUAGCUCUUACUCUUAUAGGUUCUCAUCUGCGUAAUAAAAGUAUAGAUCGUUGGCAAGCUAUAUUUGAUAGUUAUGAUUCUUACGAAGGAGAACCUUAUAGAGGUAUUCAAAGAAUACUUCGAAAAAGUUAUGAUUCUUGGGAUGAUGUAAUGCAACAAGUUUUCCUAGACCUUGCAUGCUUCUUCAAGGGUGAAGAUAAAGAUUAUAUAUUACAAAUAUUGAGAAGUUUGAAGCUCAAUGUACCUCAAGAUUGUAUUGAAGUACUCGUUGAGAAUGCCAUCAUAACUAUUGAAGGUAAUAGGAUUUUGAUGCAUGACUUGCUAGAAAAAAUGGGUAAGCAUAUAGUUUAUAAAGAAUCUCCCACUGAACCAGGAAAACGUAGCAGGUUAUGGUUUCAUGAAGAUGUGUACAAUGUUCUAACUGAAAAUCGGGGAACAAAGAAAAUUAAGGGCAUUGUGGUGAAGUUGCCCAAACCAGAUGUAAUACCCUUGAAUGCAAAAAGCUUCUUACGGAUGGUAAAUCUUGAAAUUUUUAUAAACCGUAAUGCACAAUUUUCUGGACGCAUUGAUUAUAUGCCCAAUGAUUUGAGGUGGAUUGAAUUGGGUGGACUUGACUUUCAAAAUUUGGGAUCCAAUAUUCUUCAAAAGCAUCUAGUUACGUUCAAUUUGCAAUUCAAUUAUCAUCCAAGACAUCUUGUCAUGUUUGAUAUGCCAUACAGUGGCAUAAAACAAUUAAAGGGAUUUAAGAAUUUGACAAAGCUUACAUCAAUAAAUUUAAAUGGUUGCGAAUUCUUGGAAAAAAUUCUAGACUUUUCUGGAAUCCCAAACAUAAAGCACUUGGAUCUACGUGACUGCACAAGUUUGGUUGAGGUUGAUGAUUUACUUGGAUUCUUUGAUAAACUUGUUUUAUUGGAUCUUAGUGGGUGCUCUAAGCUUACGCAGUUUGCAACAAAACUUGCAUUAAGAUCCCUUGAAUGGCUUUAUCUCAAUGGUUGCACAAGGCUCAAGAGUUUUCCAGAAAUUGAGGACAAGAUGGAAUCUCUAUGGUAUUUGGAUAUACAAGAAAGUGGCAUAAGAGAAUUGCCUUCAUCAAUUACAUAUCUUAGUGGGCUUCAAAGAUUGAAAGCAAAUGGUUGUGAGAACCUUGCAAAUAUAUAUUUACAUGGUUCCACAAAACUGAUCGCAACUGAUUUGGAUAGUUCAGAUGAUGACUGUCACACACUAAUGCUUUCCGUGCUACAACAUCUUAAUUUCCUUGUGCCUUUCGAUUGCUUGCUCACAAUAAGAAGCCUUGAUCUGUCGAGAAACAAUUUUGUCAUUCUUCUCGAAUGCAUUAGCAAAUUUGUCAACUUGGAGGAACUUAGACUGAGUGGUUGCAAGAGGCUUCGGGAAAUUCUAGAACUGCUUCCACCAAAAUUAGUUUCUUUAUAUCUAGAUGAUUGCACAUCAUUGGAGAAAAAUCUAAAACUACCCCCGAUGCUUAGGGUUCUGGACUUGACUAAUUGCUUUAGACUACAUGGCGUUGAGGGAUAUUGGCGCUCUGAAUUGCAAAUUCUUCUUCGAGGCAAUGAAGUUCGAAGUGUUAGAAAAUUCUUCCAGGCAAAGAAGUUAGCGCCAGAUUAUGAGUAUGAUCAGCUAAAGCAAUGGCCUUCCUUGUCUUUGGAGCUAGCGGAUGAUUAUACAAAGCCGAGGCAUAUUGAUCUCCAUGUUCCUAUUGAGAUUGAGGAUGAGCAGGAGCAACCAUCCACUUCAAAAUCUCAGAUGAUUGACAAUCUCUGA